CUGAUUCCCUGGCUUAGGCUCAAGACGUAUGCCAACUUCCCAGAAGCACCUCAGGAGGAGGCUUCUCUCAGCAAUAGGCUCAAGACGUAUGCCAACUUCCCAGAAGCACCUCAGGAGGAGGCUUCUCUCAGCAAUAGGCUCAAGACGUAUGCCAACUUCCCAGAAGCACCUCAGGAGGAGGCUUCUCUCAGCAAUAGGCUCAAGACGUAUGCCAACUUCCCAGAAGCACCUCAGGAGGAGGCUUCUCUCAGCAAUAGGCUCAAGACGUAUGCCAACUUCCCAGAAGCACCUCAGGAGGAGGCUUCUCUCAGCAAUAGGCUCAAGACGUAUGCCAACUUCCCAGAAGCACCUCAGGAGGAGGCUUCUCUCAGCAAUAGGCUCAAGACGUAUGCCAACUUCCCAGAAGCACCUCAGGAGGAGGCUUCUCUCAGCAAUAGGCUCAAGACGUAUGCCAACUUCCCAGAAGCACCUCAGGAGGAGGCUUCUCUCAGCAAUAGGCUCAAGACGUAUGCCAACUUCCCAGAAGCACCUCAGGAGGAGGCUUCUCUCAGCAAUAGGCUCAAGACGUAUGCCAACUUCCCAGAAGCACCUCAGGAGGAGGCUUCUCUCAGCAAUAGGCUCAAGACGUAUGCCAACUUCCCAGAAGCACCUCAGGAGGAGGCUUCUCUCAGCAAUAGGCUCAAGACGUAUGCCAACUUCCCAGAAGCACCUCAGGAGGAGGCUUCUCUCAGCAAUAGGCUCAAGACGUAUGCCAACUUCCCAGAAGCACCUCAGGAGGAGGCUUCUCUCAGCAAUAGGCUCAAGACAUAUGCCAACUUCCCAGAAGCACCUCAGGAGGAGGCUUCUCUCAGCAAUAGGCUCAAGACGUAUGCCAACUUCCCAGAAGCACCUCAGGAGGAGGCUUCUCUCAGCAAUAGGCUCAAGACGUAUGCCAACUUCCCAGAAGCACCUCAGGAGGAGGCUUCUCUCAGCAAUAGGCUCAAGACGUAUGCCAACUUCCCAGAAGCACCUCAGGAGGAGGCUUCUCUCAGCAAUAGGCUCAAGACGUAUGCCAACUUCCCAGAAGCACCUCAGGAGGAGGCUUCUCUCAGCAAUAGGCUCAAGACGUAUGCCAACUUCCCAGAAGCACCUCAGGAGGAGGCUUCUCUCAGCAAUAGGCUCAAGACGUAUGCCAACUUCCCAGAAGCACCUCAGGAGGAGGCUUCUCUCAGCAAUAGGCUCAAGACGUAUGCCAACUUCCCAGAAGCACCUCAGGAGGAGGCUUCUCUCAGCAAUAGGCUCAAGACGUAUGCCAACUUCCCAGAAGCACCUCAGGAGGAGGCUUCUCUCAGCAAUAGGCUCAAGACGUAUGCCAAAUUCCCAGAAGCACCUCAGGAGGAGGCUUCUCUCAGCAAUAGGCUCAAGACGUAUGCCAACUUCCCAGAAGCACCUCAGGAGGAGGCUUCUCUCAGCAAUAGGCUCAAGACGUAUGCCAACUUCCCAGAAGCACCUCAGGAGGAGGCUUCUCUCAGCAAUAGGCUCAAGACGUAUGCCAACUUCCCAGAAGCACCUCAGGAGGAGGCUUCUCUCAGCAAUAGGCUCAAGACGUAUGCCAACUUCCCAGAAGCACCUCAGGAGGAGGCUUCUCUCAGCAAUAGGCUCAAGACGUAUGCCAACUUCCCAGAAGCACCUCAGGAGGAGGCUUCUCUCAGCAAUAGGCUCAAGACGUAUGCCAACUUCCCAGAAGCACCUCAGGAGGAGGCUUCUCUCAGCAAUAGGCUCAAGACGUAUGCCAACUUCCCAGAAGCACCUCAGGAGGAGGCUUCUCUCAGCAAUAGGCUCAAGACGUAUGCCAACUUCCCAGAAGCACCUCAGGAGGAGGCUUCUCUCAGCAAUAGGCUCAAGACGUAUGCCAACUUCCCAGAAGCACCUCAGGAGGAGGCUUCUCUCAGCAAUAGGCUCAAGACGUAUGCCAACUUCCCAGAAGCACCUCAGGAGGAGGCUUCUCUCAGCAAUAGGCUCAAGACGUAUGCCAACUUCCCAGAAGCACCUCAGGAGGAGGCUUCUCUCAGCAAUAGGCUCAAGACGUAUGCCAACUUCCCAGAAGCACCUCAGGAGGAGGCUUCUCUCAGCAAUAGGCUCAAGACGUAUGCCAACUUCCCAGAAGCACCUCAGGAGGAGGCUUCUCUCAGCAAUAGGCUCAAGACGUAUGCCAACUUCCCAGAAGCACCUCAGGAGGAGGCUUCUCUCAGCAAUAGGCUCAAGACGUAUGCCAACUUCCCAGAAGCACCUCAGGAGGAGGCUUCUCUCAGCAAUAGGCUCAAGACGUAUGCCAACUUCCCAGAAGCACCUCAGGAGGAGGCUUCUCUCAGCAAUAGGCUCAAGACGUAUGCCAACUUCCCAGAAGCACCUCAGGAGGAGGCUUCUCUCAGCAAUAGGCUCAAGACGUAUGCCAACUUCCCAGAAGCACCUCAGGAGGAGGCUUCUCUCAGCAAUAGGCUCAAGACGUAUGCCAACUUCCCAGAAGCACCUCAGGAGGAGGCUUCUCUCAGCAAUAGGCUCAAGACGUAUGCCAACUUCCCAGAAGCACCUCAGGAGGAGGCUUCUCUCAGCAAUAGGCUCAAGACGUAUGCCAACUUCCCAGAAGCACCUCAGGAGGAGGCUUCUCUCAGCAAUAGGCUCAAGACGUAUGCCAACUUCCCAGAAGCACCUCAGGAGGAGGCUUCUCUCAGCAAUAGGCUCAAGACGUAUGCCAACUUCCCAGAAGCACCUCAGGAGGAGGCUUCUCUCAGCAAUAGGCUCAAGACGUAUGCCAACUUCCCAGAAGCACCUCAGGAGGAGGCUUCUCUCAGCAAUAGGCUCAAGACGUAUGCCAACUUCCCAGAAGCACCUCAGGAGGAGGCUUCUCUCAGCAAUAGGCUCAAGACGUAUGCCAACUUCCCAGAAGCACCUCAGGAGGAGGCUUCUCUCAGCAAUAGGCUCAAGACGUAUGCCAACUUCCCAGAAGCACCUCAGGAGGAGGCUUCUCUCAGCAAUAGGCUCAAGACGUAUGCCAACUUCCCAGAAGCACCUCAGGAGGAGGCUUCUCUCAGCAAUAGGCUCAAGACGUAUGCCAACUUCCCAGAAGCACCUCAGGAGGAGGCUUCUCUCAGCAAUAGGCUCAAGACGUAUGCCAACUUCCCAGAAGCACCUCAGGAGGAGGCUUCUCUCAGCAAUAGGCUCAAGACGUAUGCCAACUUCCCAGAAGCACCUCAGGAGGAGGCUUCUCUCAGCAAUAGGCUCAAGACGUAUGCCAACUUCCCAGAAGCACCUCAGGAGGAGGCUUCUCUCAGCAAUAGGCUCAAGACGUAUGCCAACUUCCCAGAAGCACCUCAGGAGGAGGCUUCUCUCAGCAAUAGGCUCAAGACGUAUGCCAACUUCCCAGAAGCACCUCAGGAGGAGGCUUCUCUCAGCAAUAGGCUCAAGACGUAUGCCAACUUCCCAGAAGCACCUCAGGAGGAGGCUUCUCUCAGCAAUAGGCUCAAGACGUAUGCCAACUUCCCAGAAGCACCUCAGGAGGAGGCUUCUCUCAGCAAUAGGCUCAAGACGUAUGCCAACUUCCCAGAAGCACCUCAGGAGGAGGCUUCUCUCAGCAAUAGGCUCAAGACGUAUGCCAACUUCCCAGAAGCACCUCAGGAGGAGGCUUCUCUCAGCAAUAGGCUCAAGACGUAUGCCAACUUCCCAGAAGCACCUCAGGAGGAGGCUUCUCUCAGCAAUAGGCUCAAGACGUAUGCCAACUUCCCAGAAGCACCUCAGGAGGAGGCUUCUCUCAGCAAUAGGCUCAAGACGUAUGCCAACUUCCCAGAAGCACCUCAGGAGGAGGCUUCUCUCAGCAAUAGGCUCAAGACGUAUGCCAACUUCCCAGAAGCACCUCAGGAGGAGGCUUCUCUCAGCAAUAGGCUCAAGACGUAUGCCAACUUCCCAGAAGCACCUCAGGAGGAGGCUUCUCUCAGCAAUAGGCUCAAGACGUAUGCCAACUUCCCAGAAGCACCUCAGGAGGAGGCUUCUCUCAGCAAUAGGCUCAAGACGUAUGCCAACUUCCCAGAAGCACCUCAGGAGGAGGCUUCUCUCAGCAAUAGGCUCAAGACGUAUGCCAACUUCCCAGAAGCACCUCAGGAGGAGGCUUCUCUCAGCAAUAGGCUCAAGACGUAUGCCAACUUCCCAGAAGCACCUCAGGAGGAGGCUUCUCUCAGCAAUAGGCUCAAGACGUAUGCCAACUUCCCAGAAGCACCUCAGGAGGAGGCUUCUCUCAGCAAUAGGCUCAAGACGUAUGCCAACUUCCCAGAAGCACCUCAGGAGGAGGCUUCUCUCAGCAAUAGGCUCAAGACGUAUGCCAACUUCCCAGAAGCACCUCAGGAGGAGGCUUCUCUCAGCAAUAGGCUCAAGACGUAUGCCAACUUCCCAGAAGCACCUCAGGAGGAGGCUUCUCUCAGCAAUAGGCUCAAGACGUAUGCCAACUUCCCAGAAGCACCUCAGGAGGAGGCUUCUCUCAGCAAUAGGCUCAAGACGUAUGCCAACUUCCCAGAAGCACCUCAGGAGGAGGCUUCUCUCAGCAAUAGGCUCAAGACGUAUGCCAACUUCCCAGAAGCACCUCAGGAGGAGGCUUCUCUCAGCAAUAGGCUCAAGACGUAUGCCAACUUCCCAGAAGCACCUCAGGAGGAGGCUUCUCUCAGCAAUAGGCUCAAGACGUAUGCCAACUUCCCAGAAGCACCUCAGGAGGAGGCUUCUCUCAGCAAUAGGCUCAAGACGUAUGCCAACUUCCCAGAAGCACCUCAGGAGGAGGCUUCUCUCAGCAAUAGGCUCAAGACGUAUGCCAACUUCCCAGAAGCACCUCAGGAGGAGGCUUCUCUCAGCAAUAGGCUCAAGACGUAUGCCAACUUCCCAGAAGCACCUCAGGAGGAGGCUUCUCUCAGCAAUAGGCUCAAGACGUAUGCCAACUUCCCAGAAGCACCUCAGGAGGAGGCUUCUCUCAGCAAUAGGCUCAAGACGUAUGCCAACUUCCCAGAAGCACCUCAGGAGGAGGCUUCUCUCAGCAAUAGGCUCAAGACGUAUGCCAACUUCCCAGAAGCACCUCAGGAGGAGGCUUCUCUCAGCAAUAGGCUCAAGACGUAUGCCAACUUCCCAGAAGCACCUCAGGAGGAGGCUUCUCUCAGUAAUAGGCUCAAGACGUAUGCCAACUUCCCAGAAGCACCUCAGGAGGAGGCUUCUCUCAGCAAUAGGCUCAAGACGUAUGCCAACUUCCCAGAAGCACCUCAGGAGGAGGCUUCUCUCAGCAAUAGGCUCAAGACGUAUGCCAACUUCCCAGAAGCACCUCAGGAGGAGGCUUCUCUCAGCAAUAGGCUCAAGACGUAUGCCAACUUCCCAGAAGCACCUCAGGAGGAGGCUUCUCUCAGCAAUAGGCUCAAGACGUAUGCCAACUUCCCAGAAGCACCUCAGGAGGAGGCUUCUCUCAGCAAUAGGCUCAAGACGUAUGCCAACUUCCCAGAAGCACCUCAGGAGGAGGCUUCUCUCAGCAAUAGGCUCAAGACGUAUGCCAACUUCCCAGAAGCACCUCAGGAGGAGGCUUCUCUCAGCAAUAGGCUCAAGACGUAUGCCAACUUCCCAGAAGCACCUCAGGAGGAGGCUUCUCUCAGCAAUAGGCUCAAGACGUAUGCCAACUUCCCAGAAGCACCUCAGGAGGAGGCUUCUCUCAGCAAUAGGCUCAAGACGUAUGCCAACUUCCCAGAAGCACCUCAGGAGGAGGCUUCUCUCAGCAAUAGGCUCAAGACGUAUGCCAACUUCCCAGAAGCACCUCAGGAGGAGGCUUCUCUCAGCAAUAGGCUCAAGACGUAUGCCAACUUCCCAGAAGCACCUCAGGAGGAGGCUUCUCUCAGCAAUAGGCUCAAGACGUAUGCCAACUUCCCAGAAGCACCUCAGGAGGAGGCUUCUCUCAGCAAUAGGCUCAAGACGUAUGCCAACUUCCCAGAAGCACCUCAGGAGGAGGCUUCUCUCAGCAAUAGGCUCAAGACGUAUGCCAACUUCCCAGAAGCACCUCAGGAGGAGGCUUCUCUCAGCAAUAGGCUCAAGACGUAUGCCAACUUCCCAGAAGCACCUCAGGAGGAGGCUUCUCUCAGCAAUAGGCUCAAGACGUAUGCCAACUUCCCAGAAGCACCUCAGGAGGAGGCUUCUCUCAGCAAUAGGCUCAAGACGUAUGCCAACUUCCCAGAAGCACCUCAGGAGGAGGCUUCUCUCAGCAAUAGGCUCAAGACGUAUGCCAACUUCCCAGAAGCACCUCAGGAGGAGGCUUCUCUCAGCAAUAGGCUCAAGACGUAUGCCAACUUCCCAGAAGCACCUCAGGAGGAGGCUUCUCUCAGCAAUAGGCUCAAGACGUAUGCCAACUUCCCAGAAGCACCUCAGGAGGAGGCUUCUCUCAGCAAUAGGCUCAAGACGUAUGCCAACUUCCCAGAAGCACCUCAGGAGGAGGCUUCUCUCAGCAAUAGGCUCAAGACGUAUGCCAACUUCCCAGAAGCACCUCAGGAGGAGGCUUCUCUCAGCAAUAGGCUCAAGACGUAUGCCAACUUCCCAGAAGCACCUCAGGAGGAGGCUUCUCUCAGCAAUAGGCUCAAGACGUAUGCCAACUUCCCAGAAGCACCUCAGGAGGAGGCUUCUCUCAGCAAUAGGCUCAAGACGUAUGCCAACUUCCCAGAAGCACCUCAGGAGGAGGCUUCUCUCAGCAAUAGGCUCAAGACGUAUGCCAACUUCCCAGAAGCACCUCAGGAGGAGGCUUCUCUCAGCAAUAGGCUCAAGACGUAUGCCAACUUCCCAGAAGCACCUCAGGAGGAGGCUUCUCUCAGCAAUAGGCUCAAGACGUAUGCCAACUUCCCAGAAGCACCUCAGGAGGAGGCUUCUCUCAGCAAUAGGCUCAAGACGUAUGCCAACUUCCCAGAAGCACCUCAGGAGGAGGCUUCUCUCAGCAAUAGGCUCAAGACGUAUGCCAACUUCCCAGAAGCACCUCAGGAGGAGGCUUCUCUCAGCAAUAGGCUCAAGACGUAUGCCAACUUCCCAGAAGCACCUCAGGAGGAGGCUUCUCUCAGCAAUAGGCUCAAGACGUAUGCCAACUUCCCAGAAGCACCUCAGGAGGAGGCUUCUCUCAGCAAUAGGCUCAAGACGUAUGCCAACUUCCCAGAAGAACCUCAGGAGGAGGCUUCUCUCAGCAAUAGGCUCAAGACGUAUGCCAACUUCCCAGAACCACCUCAGGAGGAGGCUUCUCUCAGCAAUAGGCUCAAGACGUAUGCCAACUUCCCAGAAGCACCUCAGGAGGAGGCUUCUCUCAGCAAUAGGCUCAAGACGUAUGCCAACUUCCCAGAAGCACCUCAGGAGGAGGCUUCUCUCAGCAAUAGGCUCAAGACGUAUGCCAACUUCCCAGAAGCACCUCAGGAGGAGGCUUCUCUCAGCAAUAGGCUCAAGACGUAUGCCAACUUCCCAGAAGAACCUCAGGAGGAGGCUUCUCUCAGCAAUAGGCUCAAGACGUAUGCCAACUUCCCAGAACCACCUCAGGAGGAGGCUUCUCUCAGCAAUAGGCUCAAGACGUAUGCCAACUUCCCAGAAGCACCUCAGGAGGAGGCUUCUCUCAGCAAUAGGCUCAAGACGUAUGCCAACUUCCCAGAAGCACCUCAGGAGGAGGCUUCUCUCAGCAAUAGGCUCAAGACGUAUGCCAACUUCCCAGAAGCACCUCAGGAGGAGGCUUCUCUCAGCAAUAGGCUCAAGACGUAUGCCAACUUCCCAGAAGCACCUCAGGAGGAGGCUUCUCUCAGCAAUAGGCUCAAGACGUAUGCCAACUUCCCAGAAGCACCUCAGGAGGAGGCUUCUCUCAGCAAUAGGCUCAAGACGUAUGCCAACUUCCCAGAAGCACCUCAGGAGGAGGCUUCUCUCAGCAAUAGGCUCAAGACGUAUGCCAACUUCCCAGAAGCACCUCAGGAGGAGGCUUCUCUCAGCAAUAGGCUCAAGACGUAUGCCAACUUCCCAGAAGCACCUCAGGAGGAGGCUUCUCUCAGCAAUAGGCUCAAGACGUAUGCCAACUUCCCAGAAGCACCUCAGGAGGAGGCUUCUCUCAGCAAUAGGCUCAAGACGUAUGCCAACUUCCCAGAAGCACCUCAGGAGGAGGCUUCUCUCAGCAAUAGGCUCAAGACGUAUGCCAACUUCCCAGAAGCACCUCAGGAGGAGGCUUCUCUCAGCAAUAGGCUCAAGACGUAUGCCAACUUCCCAGAAGCACCUCAGGAGGAGGCUUCUCUCAGCAAUAGGCUCAAGACGUAUGCCAACUUCCCAGAAGCACCUCAGGAGGAGGCUUCUCUCAGCAAUAGGCUCAAGACGUAUGCCAACUUCCCAGAAGCACCUCAGGAGGAGGCUUCUCUCAGCAAUAGGCUCAAGACGUAUGCCAACUUCCCAGAAGCACCUCAGGAGGAGGCUUCUCUCAGCAAUAGGCUCAAGACGUAUGCCAACUUCCCAGAAGCACCUCCGGAGGAGGCUUCUCUCAGCAAUAGGCUCAAGACGUAUGCCAACUUCCCAGAAGCACCUCCGGAGGAGGCUUCUCUCAGCAAUAGGCUCAAGACGUAUGCCAACUUCCCAGAAGCACCUCAGGAGGAGGCUUCUCUCAGCAAUAGGCUCAAGACGUAUGCCAACUUCCCAGAAGCACCUCCGGAGGAGGCUUCUCUCAGCAAUAGGCUCAAGACGUAUGCCAACUUCCCAGAAGCACCUCAGGAGGAGGCUUCUCUCAGCAAUAGGCUCAAGACGUAUGCCAACUUCCCAGAAGCACCUCCGGAGGAGGCUUCUCUCAGCAAUAGGCUCAAGACGUAUGCCAACUUCCCAGAAGCACCUCAGGAGGAGGCUUCUCUCAGCAAUAGGCUCAAGACGUAUGCCAACUUCCCAGAAGCACCUCAGGAGGAGGCUUCUCUCAGCAAUAGGCUCAAGACGUAUGCCAACUUCCCAGAAGCACCUCCGGAGGAGGCUUCUCUCAGCAAUAGGCUCAAGACGUAUGCCAACUUCCCAGAAGCACCUCAGGAGGAGGCUUCUCUCAGCAAUAGGCUCAAGACGUAUGCCAACUUCCCAGAAGCACCUCCGGAGGAGGCUUCUCUCAGCAAUAGGCUCAAGACGUAUGCCAACUUCCCAGAAGCACCUCAGGAGGAGGCUUCUCUCAGCAAUAGGCUCAAGACGUUUGCCAACUUCCCAGAAGCACCUCAGGAGGAGGCUUCUCUCAGCAAUAGGCUCAAGACGUAUGCCAACUUCCCAGAAGCACCUCCGGAGGAGGCUUCUCUCAGCAAUAGGCUCAAGACGUAUGCCAACUUCCCAGAAGCACCUCCGGUGGAGGCUUCUCUCAGCAAUAGGCUCAAGACGUAUGCCAACUUCCCAGAAGCACCUCAGGAGGAGGCUUCUCUCAGCAAUAGGCUCAAGACGUAUGCCAACUUCCCAGAAGCACCUCAGGAGGAGGCUUCUCUCAGCAAUAGGCUCAAGACGUAUGCCAACUUCCCAGAAGCACCUCAGGAGGAGGCUUCUCUCAGCAAUAGGCUCAAGACGUAUGCCAACUUCCCAGAAGCACCUCAGGAGGAGGCUUCUCUCAGCAAUAGGCUCAAGACGUAUGCCAACUUCCCAGAAGCACCUCAGGAGGAGGCUUCUCUCAGCAAUAGGCUCAAGACGUAUGCCAACUUCCCAGAAGCACCUCCGGAGGAGGCUUCUCUCAGCAAUAGGCUCAAGACGUAUGCCAACUUCCCAGAAGCACCUCAGGAGGAGGCUUCUCUCAGCAAUAGGCUCAAGACGUAUGCCAACUUCCCAGAAGCACCUCAGGAGGAGGCUUCUCUCAGCAAUAGGCUCAAGACGUAUGCCAACUUCACAGAAGCACCUCCGGAGGAGGCUUCUCUCAGCAAUAGGCUCAAGACGUAUGCCAACUUCCCAGAAGCACCUCCGGUGGAGGCUUCUCUCAGCAAUAGGCUCAAGACGUAUGCCAACUUCCCAGAAGCACCUCAGGAGGAGGCUUCUCUCAGCAAUAGGCUCAAGACGUAUGCCAACUUCCCAGAAGCACCUCAGGAGGAGGCUUCUCUCAGCAAUAGGCUCAAGACGUAUGCCAACUUCCCAGAAGCACCUCAGGAGGAGGCUUCUCUCAGCAAUAGGCUCAAGACGUAUGCCAACUUCCCAGAAGCACCUCAGGAGGAGGCUUCUCUCAGCAAUAGGCUCAAGACGUAUGCCAACUUCACAGAAGCACCUCCGGAGGAGGCUUCUCUCAGCAAUAGGCUCAAGACGUAUGCCAACUUCCCAGAAGCACCUCCGGUGGAGGCUUCUCUCAGCAAUAGGCUCAAGACGUAUGCCAACUUCCCAGAAGCACCUCAGGAGGAGGCUUCUCUCAGCAAUAGGCUCAAGACGUAUGCCAACUUCCCAGAAGCACCUCAGGAGGAGGCUUCUCUCAGCAAUAGGCUCAAGACGUAUGCCAACUUCCCAGAAGCACCUCAGGAGGAGGCUUCUCUCAGCAAUAGGCUCAAGACGUAUGCCAACUUCCCAGAAGCACCUCAGGAGGAGGCUUCUCUCAGCAAUAGGCUCAAGACGUAUGCCAACUUCCCAGAAGCACCUCAGGAGGAGGCUUCUCUCAGCAAUAGGCUCAAGACGUAUGCCAACUUCCCAGAAGCACCUCAGGAGGAGGCUUCUCUCAGCAAUAGGCUCAAGACGUAUGCCAACUUCCCAGAAGCACCUCAGGAGGAGGCUUCUCUCAGCAAUAGGCUCAAGACGUAUGCCAACUUCCCAGAAGCACCUCCGGAGGAGGCUUCUCUCAGCAAUAGGCUCAAGACGUAUGCCAACUUCCCAGAAGCACCUCCGGUGGAGGCUUCUCUCAGCAAUAGGCUCAAGACGUAUGCCAACUUCCCAGAAGCACCUCAGGAGGAGGCUUCUCUCAGCAAUAGGCUCAAGACGUAUGCCAACUUCCCAGAAGCACCUCAGGAGGAGGCUUCUCUCAGCAAUAGGCUCAAGGCGUAUGCCAACUUCCCAGAAGCACCUCAGGAGGAGGCUUCUCUCAGCAAUAGGCUCAAGACGUAUGCCAACUUCCCAGAAGCACCUCAGGAGGAGGCUUCUCUCAGCAAUAGGCUCAAGACGUAUGCCAACUUCCCAGAAGCACCUCAGGAGGAGGCUUCUCUCAGCAAUAGGCUCAAGACGUAUGCCAACUUCCCAGAAGCACCUCAGGAGGAGGCUUCUCUCAGCAAUAGGCUCAAGACGUAUGCCAACUUCCCAGAAGCACCUCAGGAGGAGGCUUCUCUCAGCAAUAGGCUCAAGACGUAUGCCAACUUCCCAGAAGCACCUCAGGAGGAGGCUUCUCUCAGCAAUAGGCUCAAGACGUAUGCCAACUUCCCAGAAGCACCUCAGGAGGAGGCUUCUCUCAGCAAUAGGCUCAAGACGUAUGCCAACUUCCCAGAAGCACCUCAGGAGGAGGCUUCUCUCAGCAAUAGGCUCAAGACGUAUGCCAACUUCCCAGAAGCACCUCAGGAGGAGGCUUCUCUCAGCAAUAGGCUCAAGACGUAUGCCAACUUCCCAGAAGCACCUCAGGAGGAGGCUUCUCUCAGCAAUAGGCUCAAGACGUAUGCCAACUUCCCAGAAGCACCUCAGGAGGAGGCUUCUCUCAGCAAUAGGCUCAAGACGUAUGCCAACUUCCCAGAAGCACCUCAGGAGGAGGCUUCUCUCAGCAAUAGGCUCAAGACGUAUGCCAACUUCCCAGAAGCACCUCAGGAGGAGGCUUCUCUCAGCAAUAGGCUCAAGACGUAUGCCAACUUCCCAGAAGCACCUCAGGAGGAGGCUUCUCUCAGCAAUAGGCUCAAGACGUAUGCCAACUUCCCAGAAGCACCUCAGGAGGAGGCUUCUCUCAGCAAUAGGCUCAAGACGUAUGCCAACUUCCCAGAAGCACCUCAGGAGGAGGCUUCUCUCAGCAAUAGGCUCAAGGCGUAUGCCAACUUCCCAGAAGCACCUCAGGAGGAGGCUUCUCUCAGCAAUAGGCUCAAGGCGUAUGCCAACUUCCCAGAAGCACCUCAGGAGGAGGCUUCUCUCAGCAAUAGGCUCAAGACGUAUGCCAACUUCCCAGAAGCACCUCAGGAGGAGGCUUCUCUCAGCAAUAGGCUCAAGACGUAUGCCAACUUCCCAGAAGCACCUCAGGAGGAGGCUUCUCUCAGCAAUAGGCUCAAGGCGUAUGCCAACUUCCCAGAAGCACCUCAGGAGGAGGCUUCUCUCAGCAAUAGGCUCAAGGCGUAUGCCAACUUCCCAGAAGCACCUCAGGAGGAGGCUUCUCUCAGCAAUAGGCUCAAGACGUAUGCCAACUUCCCAGAAGCACCUCAGGAGGAGGCUUCUCUCAGCAAUAGGCUCAAGACGUAUGCCAACUUCCCAGAAGCACCUCAGGAGGAGGCUUCUCUCAGCAAUAGGCUCAAGGCGUAUGCCAACUUCCCAGAAGCACCUCAGGAGGAGGCUUCUCUCAGCAAUAGGCUCAAGGCGUAUGCCAACUUCCCAGAAGCACCUCAGGAGGAGGCUUCUCUCAGCAAUAGGCUCAAGACGUAUGCCAACUUCCCAGAAGCACCUCAGGAGGAGGCUUCUCUCAGCAAUAGGCUCAAGACGUAUGCCAACUUCCCAGAAGCACCUCAGGAGGAGGCUUCUCUCAGCAAUAGGCUCAAGACGUAUGCCAACUUCCCAGAAGCACCUCAGGAGGAGGCUUCUCUCAGCAAUAGGCUCAAGACGUAUGCCAACUUCCCAGAAGCACCUCAGGAGGAGGAUUCUCUCAGCAAUAGGCUCAAGACGUAUGCCAACUUCCCAGAAGCACCUCAGGAGGAGGCUUCUCUCAGCAAUAGGCUCAAGACGUAUGCCAACUUCCCAGAAGCACCUCAGGAGGAGGCUUCUCUCAGCAAUAGGCUCAAGACGUAUGCCAACUUCCCAGAAGCACCUCAGGAGGAGGCUUCUCUCAGCAAUAGGCUCAAGACGUAUGCCAACUUCCCAGAAGCACCUCAGGAGGAGGCUUCUCUCAGCAAUAGGCUCAAGACGUAUGCCAACUUCCCAGAAGCACCUCAGGAGGAGGCUUCUCUCAGCAAUAGGCUCAAGACGUAUGCCAACUUCCCAGAAGCACCUCAGGAGGAGGCUUCUCUCAGCAAUAGGCUCAAGACGUAUGCCAACUUCCCAGAAGCACCUCAGGAGGAGGCUUCUCUCAGCAAUAGGCUCAAGACGUAUGCCAACUUCCCAGAAGCACCUCAGGAGGAGGCUUCUCUCAGCAAUAGGCUCAAGACGUAUGCCAACUUCCCAGAAGCACCUCAGGAGGAGGCUUCUCUCAGCAAUAGGCUCAAGACGUAUGCCAACUUCCCAGAAGCACCUCAGGAGGAGGCUUCUCUCAGCAAUAGGCUCAAGACGUAUGCCAACUUCCCAGAAGCACCUCAGGAGGAGGCUUCUCUCAGCAAUAGGCUCAAGACGUAUGCCAACUUCCCAGAAGCACCUCAGGAGGAGGCUUCUCUCAGCAAUAGGCUCAAGACGUAUGCCAACUUCCCAGAAGCACCUCAGGAGGAGGCUUCUCUCAGCAAUAGGCUCAAGACGUAUGCCAACUUCCCAGAAGCACCUCAGGAGGAGGCUUCUCUCAGCAAUAGGCUCAAGACGUAUGCCAACUUCCCAGAAGCACCUCAGGAGGAGGCUUCUCUCAGCAAUAGGCUCAAGACGUAUGCCAACUUCCCAGAAGCACCUCAGGAGGAGGCUUCUCUCAGCAAUAGGCUCAAGACGUAUGCCAACUUCCCAGAAGCACCUCAGGAGGAGGCUUCUCUCAGCAAUAGGCUCAAGGCGUAUGCCAACUUCCCAGAAGCACCUCAGGAGGAGGCUUCUCUCAGCAAUAGGCUCAAGACGUAUGCCAACUUCCCAGAAGCACCUCAGGAGGAGGCUUCUCUCAGCAAUAGGCUCAAGACGUAUGCCAACUUCCCAGAAGCACCUCAGGAGGAGGCUUCUCUCAGCAAUAGGCUCAAGACGUAUGCCAACUUCCCAGAAGCACCUCAGGAGGAGGCUUCUCUCAGCAAUAGGCUCAAGACGUAUGCCAACUUCCCAGAAGCACCUCAGGAGGAGGCUUCUCUCAGCAAUAGGCUCAAGACGUAUGCCAACUUCCCAGAAGCACCUCAGGAGGAGGCUUCUCUCAGCAAUAGGCUCAAGACGUAUGCCAACUUCCCAGAAGCACCUCAGGAGGAGGCUUCUCUCAGCAAUAGGCUCAAGACGUAUGCCAACUUCCCAGAAGCACCUCAGGAGGAGGCUUCUCUCAGCAAUAGGCUCAAGACGUAUGCCAACUUCCCAGAAGCACCUCAGGAGGAGGCUUCUCUCAGCAAUAGGCUCAAGACGUAUGCCAACUUCCCAGAAGCACCUCAGGAGGAGGCUUCUCUCAGCAAUAGGCUCAAGACGUAUGCCAACUUCCCAGAAGCACCUCAGGAGGAGGCUUCUCUCAGCAAUAGGCUCAAGACGUAUGCCAACUUCCCAGAAGCACCUCAGGAGGAGGCUUCUCUCAGCAAUAGGCUCAAGACGUAUGCCAACUUCCCAGAAGCACCUCAGGAGGAGGCUUCUCUCAGCAAUAGGCUCAAGACGUAUGCCAACUUCCCAGAAGCACCUCAGGAGGAGGCUUCUCUCAGCAAUAGGCUCAAGACGUAUGCCAACUUCCCAGAAGCACCUCAGGAGGAGGCUUCUCUCAGCAAUAGGCUCAAGACGUAUGCCAACUUCCCAGAAGCACCUCAGGAGGAGGCUUCUCUCAGCAAUAGGCUCAAGACGUAUGCCAACUUCCCAGAAGCACCUCAGGAGGAGGCUUCUCUCAGCAAUAGGCUCAAGACGUAUGCCAACUUCCCAGAAGCACCUCAGGAGGAGGCUUCUCUCAGCAAUAGGCUCAAGACGUAUGCCAACUUCCCAGAAGCACCUCAGGAGGAGGCUUCUCUCAGCAAUAGGCUCAAGACGUAUGCCAACUUCCCAGAAGCACCUCAGGAGGAGGCUUCUCUCAGCAAUAGGCUCAAGACGUAUGCCAACUUCCCAGAAGCACCUCAGGAGGAGGCUUCUCUCAGCAAUAGGCUCAAGACGUAUGCCAACUUCCCAGAAGCACCUCAGGAGGAGGCUUCUCUCAGCAAUAGGCUCAAGACGUAUGCCAACUUCCCAGAAGCACCUCAGGAGGAGGCUUCUCUCAGCAAUAGGCUCAAGACGUAUGCCAACUUCCCAGAAGCACCUCAGGAGGAGGCUUCUCUCAGCAAUAGGCUCAAGACGUAUGCCAACUUCCCAGAAGCACCUCAGGAGGAGGCUUCUCUCAGCAAUAGGCUCAAGACGUAUGCCAACUUCCCAGAAGCACCUCAGGAGGAGGCUUCUCUCAGCAAUAGGCUCAAGACGUAUGCCAACUUCCCAGAAGCACCUCAGGAGGAGGCUUCUCUCAGCAAUACGCUCAAGACGUAUGCCAACUUCCCAGAAGCACCUCAGGAGGAGGCUUCUCUCAGCAAUAGGCUCAAGACGUAUGCCAACUUCCCAGAAGCACCUCAGGAGGAGGCUUCUCUCAGCAAUAGGCUCAAGACGUAUGCCAACUUCCCAGAAGCACCUCAGGAGGAGGCUUCUCUCAGCAAUAGGCUCAAGACGUAUGCCAACUUCCCAGAAGCACCUCAGGAGGAGGCUUCUCUCAGCAAUAGGCUCAAGACGUAUGCCAACUUCCCAGAAGCACCUCAGGAGGAGGCUUCUCUCAGCAAUAGGCUCAAGACGUAUGCCAACUUCCCAGAAGCACCUCAGGAGGAGGCUUCUCUCAGCAAUAGGCUCAAGACGUAUUCCAACUUCCCAGAAGCACCUCAGGAGGAGGCUUCUCUCAGCAAUAGGCUCAAGACGUAUUCCAACUUCCCAGAAGCACCUCAGGAGGAGGCUUCUCUCAGCAAUAGGCUCAAGACGUAUGCCAACUUCCCAGAAGCACCUCAGGAGGAGGCUUCUCUCAGCAAUAGGCUCAAGACGUAUGCCAACUUCCCAGAAGCACCUCAGGAGGAGGCUUCUCUCAGCAAUAGGCUCAAGACGUAUGCCAACUUCCCAGAAGCACCUCAGGAGGAGGCUUCUCUCAGCAAUAGGCUCAAGACGUAUGCCAACUUCCCAGAAGCACCUCAGGAGGAGGCUUCUCUCAGCAAUAGGCUCAAGACGUAUGCCAACUUCCCAGAAGCACCUCAGGAGGAGGCUUCUCUCAGCAAUAGGCUCAAGACGUAUGCCAACUUCCCAGAAGCACCUCAGGAGGAGGCUUCUCUCAGCAAUAGGCUCAAGACGUAUGCCAACUUCCCAGAAGCACCUCAGGAGGAGGCUUCUCUCAGCAAUAGGCUCAAGACGUAUGCCAACUUCCCAGAAGCACCUCAGGAGGAGGCUUCUCUCAGCAAUAGGCUCAAGACGUAUGCCAACUUCCCAGAAGCACCUCAGGAGGAGGCUUCUCUCAGCAAUAGGCUCAAGACGUAUGCCAACUUCCCAGAAGCACCUCAGGAGGAGGCUUCUCUCAGCAAUAGGCUCAAGACGUAUGCCAACUUCCCAGAAGCACCUCAGGAGGAGGCUUCUCUCAGCAAUAGGCUCAAGACGUAUGCCAACUUCCCAGAAGCACCUCAGGAGGAGGCUUCUUUCAGCAAUAGGCUCAAGACGUAUGCCAACUUCCCAGAAGCACCUCAGGAGGAGGCUUCUCUCAGCAAUAGGCUCAAGACGUAUGCCAACUUCCCAGAAGCACCUCAGGAGGAGGCUUCUCUCAGCAAUAGGCUCAAGACGUAUGCCAACUUCCCAGAAGCACCUCAGGAGGAGGCUUCUCUCAGCAAUAGGCUCAAGACGUAUGCCAACUUCCCAGAAGCACCUCAGGAGGAGGCUUCUCUCAGCAAUAGGCUCAAGACGUAUGCCAACUUCCCAGAAGCACCUCAGGAGGAGGCUUCUCUCAGCAAUAGGCUCAAGACGUAUGCCAACUUCCCAGAAGCACCUCAGGAGGAGGCUUCUUUCAGCAAUAGGCUCAAGACGUAUGCCAACUUCCCAGAAGCACCUCAGGAGGAGGCUUCUCUCAGCAAUAGGCUCAAGACGUAUGCCAACUUCCCAGAAGCACCUCAGGAGGAGGCUUCUCUCAGCAAUAGGCUCAAGACGUAUGCCAACUUCCCAGAAGCACCUCAGGAGGAGGCUUCUCUCAGCAAUAGGCUCAAGACGUAUGCCAACUUCCCAGAAGCACCUCAGGAGGAGGCUUCUCUCAGCAAUAGGCUCAAGACGUAUGCCAACUUCCCAGAAGCACCUCAGGAGGAGGCUUCUCUCAGCAAUAGGCUCAAGACGUAUGCCAACUUCCCAGAAGCACCUCAGGAGGAGGCUUCUCUCAGCAAUAGGCUCAAGACGUAUGCCAACUUCCCAGAAGCACCUCAGGAGGAGGCUUCUCUCAGCAAUAGGCUCAAGACGUAUGCCAACUUCCCAGAAGCACCUCAGGAGGAGGCUUCUUUCAGCAAUAGGCUCAAGACGUAUGCCAACUUCCCAGAAGCACCUCAGGAGGAGGCUUCUCUCAGCAAUAGGCUCAAGACGUAUGCCAACUUCCCAGAAGCACCUCAGGAGGAGGCUUCUCUCAGCAAUAGGCUCAAGACGUAUGCCAACUUCCCAGAAGCACCUCAGGAGGAGGCUUCUCUCAGCAAUAGGCUCAAGACGUAUGCCAACUUCCCAGAAGCACCUCAGGAGGAGGCUUCUCUCAGCAAUAGACUCAAGACGUAUGCCAACUUCCCAGAAGCACCUCAGGAGGAGGCUUCUCUCAGCAAUAGGCUCAAGACGUAUGCCAACUUCCCAGAAGCACCUCAGGAGGAGGCUUCUCUCAGCAAUAGGCUCAAGACGUAUGCCAACUUCCCAGAAGCACCUCAGGAGGAGGCUUCUCUCAGCAAUAGGCUCAAGACGUAUGCCAACUUCCCAGAAGCACCUCAGGAGGAGGCUUCUCUCAGCAAUAGGCUCAAGACGUAUGCCAACUUCCCAGAAGCACCUCAGGAGGAGGCUUCUCUCAGCAAUAGGCUCAAGACGUAUGCCAACUUCCCAGAAGCACCUCAGGAGGAGGCUUCUCUCAGCAAUAGGCUCAAGACGUAUGCCAACUUCCCAGAAGCACCUCAGGAGGAGGCUUCUCUCAGCAAUAGGCUCAAGACGUAUGCCAACUUCCCAGAAGCACCUCAGGAGGAGGCUUCUCUCAGCAAUAGGCUCAAGACGUAUUCCAACUUCCCAGAAGCACCUCAGGAGGAGGCUUCUCUCAGCAAUAGGCUCAAGACGUAUGCCAACUUCCCAGAAGCACCUCAGGAGGAGGCUUCUCUCAGCAAUAGGCUCAAGACGUAUGCCAACUUCCCAGAAGCACCUCAGGAGGAGGCUUCUCUCAGCAAUAGGCUCAAGACGUAUGCCAACUUCCCAGAAGCACCUCAGGAGGAGGCUUCUCUCAGCAAUAGGCUCAAGACGUAUGCCAACUUCCCAGAAGCACCUCAGGAGGAGGCUUCUCUCAGCAAUAGGCUCAAGACGUAUGCCAACUUCCCAGAAGCACCUCAGGAGGAGGCUUCUCUCAGCAAUAGGCUCAAGACGUAUGCCAACUUCCCAGAAGCACCUCAGGAGGAGGCUUCUCUCAGCAAUAGGCUCAAGACGUAUGCCAACUUCCCAGAAGCACCUCAGGAGGAGGCUUCUCUCAGCAAUAGGCUCAAGACGUAUGCCAACUUCCCAGAAGCACCUCAGGAGGAGGCUUCUCUCAGCAAUAGGCUCAAGACGUAUGCCAACUUCCCAGAAGCACCUCAGGAGGAGGCUUCUCUCAGCAAUAGGCUCAAGACGUAUGCCAACUUCCCAGAAGCACCUCAGGAGGAGGCUUCUCUCAGCAAUAGGCUCAAGACGUAUGCCAACUUCCCAGAAGCACCUCAGGAGGAGGCUUCUCUCAGCAAUAGGCUCAAGACGUAUGCCAACUUCCCAGAAGCACCUCAGGAGGAGGCUUCUCUCAGCAAUAGGCUCAAGACGUAUGCCAACUUCCCAGAAGCACCUCAGGAGGAGGCUUCUCUCAGCAAUAGGCUCAAGACGUAUGCCAACUUCCCAGAAGCACCUCAGGAGGAGGCUUCUCUCAGCAAUAGGCUCAAGACGUAUGCCAACUUCCCAGAAGCACCUCAGGAGGAGGCUUCUCUCAGCAAUAGGCUCAAGACGUAUGCCAACUUCCCAGAAGCACCUCAGGAGGAGGCUUCUCUCAGCAAUAGGCUCAAGACGUAUUCCAACUUCCCAGAAGCACCUCAGGAGGAGGCUUCUCUCAGCAAUAGGCUCAAGACGUAUGCCAACUUCCCAGAAGCACCUCAGGAGGAGGCUUCUCUCAGCAAUAGGCUCAAGACGUAUGCCAACUUCCCAGAAGCACCUCAGGAGGAGGCUUCUCUCAGCAAUAGGCUCAAGACGUAUGCCAACUUCCCAGAAGCACCUCAGGAGGAGGCUUCUCUCAGCAAUAGGCUCAAGACGUAUGCCAACUUCCCAGAAGCACCUCAGGAGGAGGCUUCUCUCAGCAAUAGGCUCAAGACGUAUGCCAACUUCCCAGAAGCACCUCAGGAGGAGGCUUCUCUCAGCAAUAGGCUCAAGACGUAUGCCAACUUCCCAGAAGCACCUCAGGAGGAGGCUUCUCUCAGCAAUAGGUUCAAGACGUAUGCCAACUUCCCAGAAGCACCUCAGGAGGAGGCUUCUCUCAGCAAUAGGCUCAAGACGUAUGCCAACUUCCCAGAAGCACCUCAGGAGGAGGCUUCUCUCAGCAAUAGGCUCAAGACGUAUGCCAACUUCCCAGAAGCACCUCAGGAGGAGGCUUCUCUCAGCAAUAGGCUCAAGACGUAUGCCAACUUCCCAGAAGCACCUCAGGAGGAGGCUUCUCUCAGCAAUAGGCUCAAGACGUAUGCCAACUUCCCAGAAGCACCUCAGGAGGAGGCUUCUCUCAGCAAUAGGCUCAAGACGUAUGCCAACUUCCCAGAAGCACCUCAGGAGGAGGCUUCUCUCAGCAAUAGGCUCAAGACGUAUGCCAACUUCCCAGAAGCACCUCAGGAGGAGGCUUCUCUCAGCAAUAGGCUCAAGACGUAUGCCAACUUCCCAGAAGCACCUCAGGAGGAGGCUUCUCUCAGCAAUAGGCUCAAGACGUAUGCCAACUUCCCAGAAGCACCUCAGGAGGAGGCUUCUCUCAGCAAUAGGCUCAAGACGUAUGCCAACUUCCCAGAAGCACCUCAGGAGGAGGCUUCUCUCAGCAAUAGGCUCAAGACGUAUGCCAACUUCCCAGAAGCACCUCAGGAGGAGGCUUCUCUCAGCAAUAGGCUCAAGACGUAUGCCAACUUCCCAGAAGCACCUCAGGAGGAGGCUUCUCUCAGCAAUAGGCUCAAGACGUAUGCCAACUUCCCAGAAGCACCUCAGGAGGAGGCUUCUCUCAGCAAUAGGCUCAAGACGUAUGCCAACUUCCCAGAAGCACCUCAGGAGGAGGCUUCUCUCAGCAAUAGGCUCAAGACGUAUGCCAACUUCCCAGAAGCACCUCAGGAGGAGGCUUCUCUCAGCAAUAGGCUCAAGACGUAUGCCAACUUCCCAGAAGCACCUCAGGAGGAGGCUUCUCUCAGCAAUAGGCUCAAGACGUAUGCCAACUUCCCAGAAGCACCUCAGGAGGAGGCUUCUCUCAGCAAUAGGCUCAAGACGUAUGCCAACUUCCCAGAAGCACCUCAGGAGGAGGCUUCUCUCAGCAAUAGGCUCAAGACGUAUGCCAACUUCCCAGAAGCACCUCAGGAGGAGGCUUCUCUCAGCAAUAGGCUCAAGACGUAUGCCAACUUCCCAGAAGCACCUCAGGAGGAGGCUUCUCUCAGCAAUAGGCUCAAGACGUAUGCCAACUUCCCAGAAGCACCUCAGGAGGAGGCUUCUCUCAGCAAUAGGCUCAAGACGUAUGCCAACUUCCCAGAAGCACCUCAGGAGGAGGCUUCUCUCAGCAAUAGGCUCAAGACGUAUGCCAACUUCCCAGAAGCACCUCAGGAGGAGGCUUCUCUCAGCAAUAGGCUCAAGACGUAUGCCAACUUCCCAGAAGCACCUCAGGAGGAGGCUUCUCUCAGCAAUAGGCUCAAGACGUAUGCCAACUUCCCAGAAGCACCUCAGGAGGAGGCUUCUCUCAGCAAUAGGCUCAAGACGUAUGCCAACUUCCCAGAAGCACCUCAGGAGGAGGCUUCUCUCAGCAAUAGGCUCAAGACGUAUGCCAACUUCCCAGAAGCACCUCAGGAGGAGGCUUCUCUCAGCAAUAGGCUCAAGACGUAUGCCAACUUCCCAGAAGCACCUCAGGAGGAGGCUUCUCUCAGCAAUAGGCUCAAGACGUAUGCCAACUUCCCAGAAGCACCUCAGGAGGAGGCUUCUCUCAGCAAUAGGCUCAAGACGUAUGCCAACUUCCCAGAAGCACCUCAGGAGGAGGCUUCUCUCAGCAAUAGGCUCAAGACGUAUGCCAACUUCCCAGAAGCACCUCAGGAGGAGGCUUCUCUCAGCAAUAGGCUCAAGACGUAUGCCAACUUCCCAGAAGCACCUCAGGAGGAGGCUUCUCUCAGCAAUAGGCUCAAGACGUAUGCCAACUUCCCAGAAGCACCUCAGGAGGAGGCUUCUCUCAGCAAUAGGCUCAAGACGUAUGCCAACUUCCCAGAAGCACCUCAGGAGGAGGCUUCUCUCAGCAAUAGGCUCAAGACGUAUGCCAACUUCCCAGAAGCACCUCAGGAGGAGGCUUCUCUCAGCAAUAGGCUCAAGACGUAUGCCAACUUCCCAGAAGCACCUCAGGAGGAGGCUUCUCUCAGCAAUAGGCUCAAGACGUAUGCCAACUUCCCAGAAGCACCUCAGGAGGAGGCUUCUCUCAGCAAUAGGCUCAAGACGUAUGCCAACUUCCCAGAAGCACCUCAGGAGGAGGCUUCUCUCAGCAAUAGGCUCAAGACGUAUGCCAACUUCCCAGAAGCACCUCAGGAGGAGGCUUCUCUCAGCAAUAGGCUCAAGACGUAUGCCAACUUCCCAGAAGCACCUCAGGAGGAGGCUUCUCUCAGCAAUAGGCUCAAGACGUAUGCCAACUUCCCAGAAGCACCUCAGGAGGAGGCUUCUCUCAGCAAUAGGCUCAAGACGUAUGCCAACUUCCCAGAAGCACCUCAGGAGGAGGCUUCUCUCAGCAAUAGGCUCAAGACGUAUGCCAACUUCCCAGAAGCACCUCAGGAGGAGGCUUCUCUCAGCAAUACGCUCAAGACGUAUGCCAACUUCCCAGAAGCACCUCAGGAGGAGGCUUCUCUCAGCAAUAGGCUCAAGACGUAUGCCAACUUCCCAGAAGCACCUCAGGAGGAGGCUUCUCUCAGCAAUAGGCUCAAGACGUAUGCCAACUUCCCAGAAGCACCUCAGGAGGAGGCUUCUCUCAGCAAUAGGAAUCCCAAAAUCCCUGUGGCUACUGGAAAGGGUCCUUGGGUGCCCUGCCUCACCUCGAGAAGCGUCCCUUUGGCCCUGCCAAGCCUCGAAGAGAUUCCAGAGGUGUCCCUCGUUACUAGACAGGAGUCCUGA